AUGAAGAAAACACAGAGAAAAGCUUAUCAUCAGUGACCAGGGGAUAACAAAUUCUUUUGCAAAGGAAGGAUAAUUAUGGGGUGAUUUUAAGGUAGGCCUGAUUAUUGAAGAGCGUGAAUUUCUUUUGUAUUGAUUAAUGUCCUGGUCGAUGAAUUUAUUCUGCGAUUUUUGGGAAUUUGGAAAUUUUUUUCCUUGAUUUUUAUUUGAAAUUUAAGUAAAUGCCUUUUUUUUGGGAAAUUGCCACUAAGCUUAUAUGGAAUUGUCUAAAAAUGAAGAAGAAUAGUAUAUAGCCAAUGUCCCUGCAACUUUAUUUUUGACUACUACAUGUGUAAAACUUUUAGAAUAUGAAGGACUGUCAUUUUUUCUUCCUUUAUCGCUAAUUUUCCAGCUUAUAAGCAUUUCUUAUAUGUUUAUAACAUCUACAACUGAUCCUGGAUUUUUACCUCGCCAGGAACCUCCAUUUUCUAAAGGACCUGCAAGAACUUAUACGAUUCCUUAUCAUAUCGCUACAAAUAAAGCUGUGUUUUCACCAAUUGAGCAUAAAUUUGCACAAGUUCCACAUGGGAGUAAUUUGAUGAAGCUAAAAUAUUGCCAAACUUGUAUGAUAGUAAGACCACCAAGAUGCUCACAUUGCUCUGAAUGUUUAUUUUUCAUUUAUUUUUGCCUAAAUUUUAUGGUUACUUCACACGACGACUAUUUCAUAACGACUAUUUUUUUCGCCUAUUUUUUUUGGCCUAAUUUUUUUUUGGCCUAUUUUUUUUGGCCUAUUUUUUUUUGGCCUAUUUUUUUUUGGCCUAUUUUUUUGGCCUAUUUUUUUUGGUCUAUUUUUAUUGGUCUAUUUUUUUGCCUACUUUUUUGGCCUAUUUUUUUUGGCCUAAUUUUUUUGGCCUUUUUUUGCCUGGCCUCAUUCAUGAAGCUGCUGAGAGGACUAAAACCUUAUUGAGAAACAGAGACUUUUCCUUACGCGGUUAAUAUUGAGUAAAUUAAGUGGAAAACUCCUAAUUAAACCUAAAAUUCUCGAAAUUUUAAAAAUUAAUAGAUUAGUAUUCAUUGAGGAAGAAUCUGUUAAGGGUGCAUUUUUUAUUGGUUAAAUCGUUUAAAACACAUUAAAAAAUAUAUUAAAAUAAUUAGUAUAGAAUUAUACCCAAAUAUUAGUAAAAAAUUGUCAAAAAAUUGUCAAAAAAAAUUAGGCCAAAAAAAAUUAGGCCAAAAAAAAAUAGGCCAAAAAAAAAAUAGCUAAAAAAAAAUAGGCCAAAAAAAAAUAGGCCAAAAAAAAUAGGCCAAAAAAAAUAGGCCAAAAAAAAAUAGGUGAAAAAAAUAGGCCAAAAAAAAAAAUAGGCCACAAAAAAAUAGGCCAAACAAAAAUAGGCCAAAAAAAAAUAGGCCAAAAAAAUAGGCCAAAAAAAAAUAUUUGUUAUGAAAUAGUCGUCGUGUGAAGAUACGAAAUUUUAUAUCUAUUUAUUUUUUCCAUAUAUUAAACCCUUUUUUUAUUUUAUAAUAAAAACCUAUACCAUCUCUGAAUGCAAUGUGUGUGUAGAAAAAUUUGACCAUCAUUGUCCUUGGAUAGGAAACUGUGUAGGCAAAAGGAAUUAUAAAUAUUUCAUAAUUUUUUUGACAAGUACUUCUAUUCUUGUAGUCAUCAAUUUUGUAGGAUCACUUUUGCAUUUAUUAUUGCUGAUAAAAGAUUAUGAUGGUAAAUCUGAUCAAGCCCAAGCUGUUUCAGAAGCGCUCAGAGAUGGGGCUGUUUCAACUUUUCUAGCAGCGUAUAGUUUUUUAGUAUUUUAUAUGUAGGAAAUGUGAUUUUUGCUUGGGCUCUGUGGCUUUCAUAUGUAUUUGUUAUUUACAAACCAAACGUCAAGUGAGCAGCUUAAAAAUACAUGAAAAGUUCCGUAUAAAAAUCCAUAUCGUGAAUCUUGCUUUGCAAAUGUAGUAGCUUCGCUAUGCAAAUCUAAUACACCACCUCAUUUUAACUAUACAGGGCCUGAAGCUGAAGAUAUGUUUUACAUAAAUAUUGUUCCAAGCCAUGAAGCUUAUAAGCUGAAGCCUAUGCAUGGAAAAGGUGACUCUGAAAUUGAAAUUCAAAGCAAUUUUUCUCAUAUAAAUGAAAGGAUUAGUGUGGAGCCUAAGAUAAUGUAA